AGCUGUUGCGGGGCGGGGCCUUCGCAGAGCAUGGCGGCGGGCGAGCUUGAGGGUGGCAAGUCCCUGAGCGGGCUGCUGAAUGCGCUGGCCCAGGACACUUUCCACGGGUACCCCGGCAUCACAGAGGAGCUGCUACGGAGCCAGCUGUAUCCAGAGGUGCCACCCGAGGAGUUCCGCCCCUUUCUGGCAAAGAUGAGGGGGAUUCUUAAGUCUAUUGCGUCUGCAGACAUGGAUUUCAACCAGCUGGAGGCAUUCUUGACUGCUCAAACCAAAAAGCAAGGUGGGAUCUCAUCUGACCAAGCUGCUGUCAUUUCCAAAUUCUGGAAGAGCCACAAGACAAAAAUCCGUGAGAGCCUCAUGAACCAGAGCCGCUGGAAUAGCGGGCUUCGGGGCCUGAGCUGGAGAGUUGAUGGCAAGUCUCAGUCAAGGCACUCAGCUCAAAUACACACGCCUGUUGCCAUUAUAGAGCUGGAAUUAGGCAAAUAUGGACAGGAGAGGACACAGUUCAGAAGGUGGCACGUGUUCCUCUCAGCUAGCACCCUGGUGCAUGAUCACCAAUCUCAGCUUUCAAAAGAGUUUGAGCAUUACUUCCCAACCACAAAAGACCUAUGAGCUGGGAAGGAAUGGAUCCACCACCCAUUUGUGAAUAAGCCAGUGGAAUCGAUUUUGUCCAUGCUAGAAGAGGAUUAACUGCUUGACAUCGCAAAUGACGGAGGCCUUGAAAGUAUGUUUGAGACAACUUCAAAUCUCCAUACAUUCUGGGUUAAAGUCAAGGUGGAAUAUUCUGAGAUUGCCACAAAUGCACUCAAAAGCCUGCUUCUGUUUCAACAUUCUUUGUGAAGCAGCGUUUUCUGCAGUGACAGCAACCGAAACAAGAUUGUUACAGAGUAGACUGGACAUAAGCAACACACUUCGAGUAUCACUGUCUCCCACCACCCCCAAUCCUGCAACUAAAUGGGACCAUCUAGUUGCAGGAAAACAAGUUCAGGGC